UUUCAUAUGUUUUCUCACCAAAUCCUUUACUUUUGAAGUGGGGUGAGGUGGGUUGGGGGGUGAUGGCCUUUCGGUAGUCGUCGUUUUCCUAUAGCUGCAGCCGACUAUUUGAUUUGUCGGCGUGUAAUUCAACUUUUAUUUGCAGCGAUGUUGACAUAAUACUAUGCGUUCCAAUUCCCCACACAUUUAACUCCAGUUUCGGUUAUAAUUCAUUCAACAACACUUUCUUUGUCUCUCUCUUGUUUUUAUUUUUGUCUGAAUCUCGGUGACCUCUUUCAUGAAUUUGUUCUUGUAUCCCAAUACCCAAUAUUAUUUGUUCUGAAUUUCGAAGAUCCAACCGUCACUUCUUUCAUUUGACGACCUGGAUUUUCUCAAAACUUCACUGUUUUGUUGGGUUCAUCGACUGAUCAGGAAGAUUGGAGUUGACUUUGUGUCGGAUGACCGCAUUGGUGUUUAUUUAGUUCUGCUUGGGAAUGACUGCCAGAGGGAUUUCAUCUGUUAAAUCACACAAUUUUUUUCUCAGAUUUACCAUGGCUUUGGCAUCAGCUGUCCUUGAGUGGUUACUGAUCUCUAUGUUGUUUAUUGAUGCAAUUUUCGCGUACUUGGUCACAAAAUUUGCUCGUUAUUGCAAAUUGCAAGUUCCAUGCUUGCUAUGCUCGAGACUUGAUCAUGUUUUGGGCAAUGAAAAACUUGGAUUUUAUUGGGAUUUGAUCUGUGGAGAUCAUAAAUUUGAGAUUUCAUCUUUUGUUCUCUGUCGUGUGCACAACAAACUUGCAGAUGUUCAUAGAAUGUGUGAAAGUUGCCUCUAUUCAUUUGCCACAAUAAAUAAAUCCAACUCUGAAACAUACAGAUUAUUGGUUGGUAAACUUGGGGCAGACUCUCACCUUGGGCUCGAGGAUCACAAGCUUGGUUCCCCGAGAACAAGAAAUUGUUCUUGUUGCAAUGAGCCAUGGAUUUUGAGAAGUAAUGCCCAAAACUUGCUUCAGACUGUGUCAAUUGGGUCAGAGGUUGCUGAACUUGAAGUGCCUUUAUCGGUUGCUACCGAACUUUGGGAUGGCCUUAAAAAGAUCAGAGAGGAACCAUCUGGGUCACUUAGAGCGUACCAUAUGGGGAAAAAUGGUUUUGAUCCUUUGUCUAAUAUAGAAUACACGAAAGUCAAGAUUACUUCUGAUACUGAAUCAGAAGUCCCAUUUUCCGAUGAUGAUGACAGUAGCGCUCUAAUUCGGGAAACUGCUGAUCUCAAGGAAGAAUCUGCUGUUCAACAUGUGGAGAUGCAGCCUCGGAAAAAUGAUUUUGAUCCUUUGUCACAUAUAGAAUACACGAAAGUCAAGAUUACUUCUGAUACUGAAUCAGAAGUCCCAUUUUCUGAUGAUGAUGACGGUGUUGCUCUAAUUCGCGAAGCUUCUGAUCUCAAGGAACAAUCUUCUGUUCAACCUGUGCAGAUUGAGCCUCAGAUUAUUUCUCUAGAGGAUAAUUUGACCUCAGAGAAAUUGAUACAUCCAGAUUCUGCACCUGAGCUGUCAACUGUAGACUCACAGGUGCAGCUUAAUGUUAUUGAUUCCCAAUGUAACGCAUCUGUAGCAUCUACUGCAGCAACUGGGCACGGGUUAGAGGAACUUAACUGGUCGCAAGUUGAACAUAAGGUUGAUGCAUUUGCAUCUGUUGAUGAGGUCCCUCAAUCCUCCAAUGUCGCAGAUACCCUUGUUGAAGAAUCAACAGUGUGCCUAGAUACCUUGGGAACACGUGAAGUGGAGCAAAAAAGUGUCACUGAGAGUGGAGAGGUCAUUGAGGCAGAAAGUAGGCCUGUUACAAAAAGUGAGACAACUUCAGAAAUAAACCCUGUUAUAAAUGGUACUAAUUCACUGAUGCCUAAUACUUUGGAUCUUUGCGAUGCUUAUAAGUUUGCUGUUAAGGGAAGACAGUUGUCUGGAAAGCUGUCAGAGCAAAUGUCUCUGAAGGAUGGAAGACUUAGUGAAGAUUUGAAGCUCUUGCUGUCACAAAUAUCUGUUACCAGAGGAAUUGAGUUACCACUGAAUGAUAUGAGUCCUCGAGUGUCUGGAAAUCGUAAUGAACCGAAAACUGAUUCUUCCAGCUCUAUUGGAAUACAGAUGCUUCAAAGAAGGAUCUCACUUGAGAGAAAUGAAUCUGGUUUGUCUGUAGAUGGAAGCGUUAUCAGUGAAAUAGAAGGUGAAAGUGAGAUUGAUAGGUUAAAACGACAGGUUGAGCAUGACAAGAAAUUAUUGAGUGCUUUGUAUAAGGAGUUGGAGGAAGAAAGAAAUGCUUCUGCAAUUUCUGCAAAUCAAGCAAUGGCCAUGAUCACAAGAUUACAGGAGGAGAAGGCAGCACUCAAUAUGGAAGCCUUGCAAUGCGUUAGAAUGAUGGAAGAGCAAGCUGAAUAUGAUGAGGAAGCACUGCAAAAAGCAAAUGAUUUUCUUGCUGAGAGGGAGAAAGAGAUUCAAGAUCUAGAAGCUGAGCUUGAAUUGUAUAGGAAUAAAGUUGGGAAUACAUCAAUCUUGGAGAAUGAACUGGAUUCAACUUGUGAUUUGAAGCCAGGAGAAGUGAGAGCAGAGCAUUCAGAUACAAGUUACUUUAAAAAUAGUGCCAAUGAGCAGACCAAUAAUAAACCUCUUGUCUGCAACAAAGUUGAUGGAACAGGUGUGCUUUUUGGGGAAAAGCAUACAAAUAAUGCAUGCAAUUCAUUGUUAGAGUUUGAUGAUGAAAGGCUGUACAUUUUACAUUGUUUGAAAAAAUUGGAGAAAAAGCUUCAUUUGUUUUCAAAUGAUGGGAUUUAUUUGGACAAGGCUAAUGGUGAAUAUUCAGGAACAAAAGGGGAUAGGGUAAGUGACUUGAAAGAGCUUAACUGUAAAGGGUGUACACAAGAAAACAGUGAAAAACAAGAGAAUGAUUUAUCAAUGCAAAAGCACAUCUCUGUUUCUGUUCCUUCAUUUCAAAACCCUGAAUUUGUUAGCAAAGUGAGUAGUGAAUUUGAUUCUGAUGUAGUUGCUCUCGGAGAUGCAGUUUCCAAUCUGAUCAGCAGGUUGGAAGCACUUGAGGCAGACCAUAAUUCUUUUGAUCAUUUUUCCAAGUCACUUAGAAUGGGAGAUGACGAAAUUAAAAUUCAUUCAGGGGAUAUUUUGUCUCAUGUGAGAGAACUAUGAAGGAUUGUGAUUGGAAGAGAAACAUUUUGCUUGGAACUUUACAUCUUACCAUCUCAAGGUGCCUAGGGUAAAUGAUGCUUUUGAUGCUAUGGACAGUGGGAAGGUACUCAUUACUAGUUGGUACCCGGUGAAGCAAAUGUACUGUAUCAUCAGCUUGUUUUCUCCCAUGACAUAGGUUGCAUAGUAGUUGACAUUUUCUCUCCUCUUUCCUCCUCUUUUCUUUUUUGUGUUUUUUUGGGUAUUUGUUUUUCUUCUUGGCAUAUUUAUUUGACCUUGAUUUUACUCAGAUUGCUUGUAAAGUUGGUGAGGGUUUUUUUCAUCCUCUAAGAAUGGGGAAUUUUCCAUUUGUUGUCUCUUCUCCUUUCUAUGUGGUUUUUGUUUUUAGAGCAAGGGGGACUAGAUGAGUGAUUGUAUCGCAUGAGAGUGGUUUCUUGUGUGUGAAGUGAAAAAUCAGGUAUUUGUGAACAAAGUUCAUUUCAAUCAGUUGGGUGUUGAUGCCAAUUUGUAAAUUCAAACAGAUUAUUAUGAUUUGAUUUCAUCUCUGUUGCUUUUUUA